CGCGGUUGGCUUUACCAUCGACGCGCGCGGUGCUCGGCACGGCGCCCUGAGUGAGCGCACUUCCUGCACGUGGGGGCUUCCGCGUGGCGUCUCCUCCUGGGCGAGCGACAUGGCGAGGAGCGUGGGGACCCAUCGGGGGUCUGUGCCCCCGUGGGGGUCUAUCAGAGGCGUCCUCGCAGUCCUGGCUCUGUCGCUCGUCGCUGUGGCUGCCACCACGGCAGGUCCCGGGCAACAGGAGGAGCCGGUGCGACUCUUCACGGAUGCGGACAUCGCGGAGUACAACGGCGACGACCCCGACAAGCCGAUCUACAUGGCCGUCAAAGGGGUUGUGUUCGACGUCUCCACGGGGAAAGGGUACUACGGGAAGGGGGCCUCCUACAACGCGCUGGCCGGGCGAGACUCCACGCGGGCCGUGGCCAAGAUGUCCCUCGCUUCGGAAGAUCUCAUCAGUGACACGUCCGGACUGACACAGGAUCAGCUGGAGUCUCUGGAGAGGGUGUUCUCCGGGGUCUACAAGGCCAAGUACCCCAUCGUGGGGUACAUGGCCUACCGCCUGCUGCUCGCCGACGGCAGCCCUAACCCCGACUUCCACCCCGAGGAGCUGAAGGAGACAGAGCCCCGGGAGGAGCUGUGAGGGGGGGAAGUGAUGGCGCUGUGAAGUCUCAACGUUCACCUCUUUCUGGCAAAUAGCUCUCGUCAUCUACCUCUGUGGUUGUAGGCGGUUGUGUGUUGGUGGGAGGCAAUAUCCUUCAUUGUCUUCCGGCUCUGGCGAGCGAUGGGACGACACUGCCCCGACCUAGCGGUGGAAAUUCCACAUUGCUGGGGCAGGAUUCUGGGUGGAGGUGUUGGUGGUGGUGGGAUGUGGUUUGUGUAACCCUCUUAAUUGGCAUGCAGGUUGCAGUGCGGGGAGGUUGAGGUGUGGUUGUCGAGUUGUGUGUGCAGUUGUAGGGCGCGGCUGUAGAAGUGGUAAUAAACGUGGGUGCCGCGGCGUGA